AUGGACAAUAAAGAAUCAACAACAGUUGCUACUAGUGAAGUACCGACAAUUACACAUACCAGAAGCAAUAGGUCUGGACUUUCUCAUCCUACACGUCGAAUAAUUCAAAAUUUUUUGCUCGUUUGGCUUCAUACCAAUAUCGAUGAAACGAAUAAUAGUUUUAAAAAUUCUUUUCCACAAUUGCGACGUAUUGUGGCAUCCAUUACAACAUUUACAGAUGUGCGAGAAUGCUUCGAUUUCCUUAGUGAAAUUAAGAAACAAAAGGCUUUUAUGAUCGUUUCCGGGCAUCUUGAUCAACAAAUUGUGAGACAAAUUGAAGAAACCUCACAAUUGGACUCUGUGUACGUACUUUCUGACAAUAAGACCUAUGAUGAAGAAUGGGCCAUGGAAGUUGCAAAAAUCAAAGGGAUUCACACAAGUAUCGAGCCAAUCUGCAAAGCACUUCGAUGCGAUCGGGAACAAAUUGAUCGUAGCCUGGUGCCUAUUGACUUUAAUCGCUUAGACUCAUUAUUUAUGUAUACGAAGCUAUUGAAAGAAGCACUACUACAGAUCGAAGAUGAUGAUCAACAAUCAAUUAAAGAUCUGGCUCAAUAUUGUUGGGAAGACGAUGAUAUUGAUCCAGAUGAAAUUAAAUUUAUGAUUGAGGAAUAUGGCAAACAUAGACCCAUCUGGUGGUACAGUAAGAAAACAUUCCUGUAUUCAACAUUGAACUAUGGUCUCCGUCAAAUGGAUAUAGAUAUUAUUAUGAAGAUGGGUUUCUUUAUACGUGAUCUACAUAAUGAUAUUGAAAAAUUGUACAAGGAACAACAACAAUCUGACAAUAACAAGACACAAAGAGCACCUUUUACAUUCUAUGGUGGACAAGAUGUAUCAUUAGACUUGUUCGACAAGAUGCAGAAUGCAAAAGGAGGGCUUAUGUGCUUUAAUAAUUUUCUAUUAAUAAGUAAAGACCGAAAGGUUUCCCUUGACUUUGCGUGUAAAAAUCUGAAACCAAAUCUCAAGUCUAUUGUUGGUAUUCUAUUCGUCAUGGCCAUUGAACCUGAGCUAUGCCGGAAAUUGAAAAUACACUAUGCUGAUAUUAGUGAAGUUGAUGCUUGUGGAAAAGAUGAAGCAGAAAUAUUAUUCACAACACAUACAAUUUUUCGCAUCGACCAUAUUGAGGCACUUCCAGAGGCGGAUCGUCUUUAUGAAAUCCAAAUAACACUCAUAGCUGAUCAAGAUAACGAUUUUAGUAAGCUGACAGUAAGUAUGCGUGAUGAAGCACAUUCAAAAGCAAGUCCCGGUUGGUCCCUAUUUGGUUAUAUAUUGCUCCAAAUCGACGAAGUUCGAAAAGCAGCACAUUUAUACGAAAUACUUCUUGAUAAGGCCACUGGUCAUAAACAACUAUCCGAAUACAAUUUCUUUCUCGGAUGGGCUAAUUGGCUAAUUGGUAAAUACUCCACGGCACUUGAAUAUUAUGAAGAAUCAUUGAAAAUCCGAGAGAAGAAUCUAACUAAAAAUUGUCCAGAUAUAGCUCUUUGUUACAACAACAUCGGUUUGGUAUAUUAUUCUGUGGGCACAUACUCGAAAGCCCUUUCAUCGUAUGAACGAGCACUUGAAAUCCAGAAAUUAGUUCUUCCUCCAAAUCAUCCGGACUUGGCUACUUCCUACCACAAUAUCGGUUCGGUAUAUAUUAACACGGGCCAGUACUCAAAAGCCCUUUCAUCGUAUGAACGAGCACUUGAAAUCAGAAAAAUAGCUCUUCCUUCGAAUCAUCCGACCUUGGGUCAUCACUACAACAACAUUGGUGUAGUGUAUUAUGACAUGUGCCAGUUCUCGAAAGCCCUUUCAUCGUAUGAACGAGCACUUGAAAUCCAGAAAUUAGUUCUCCCUCCAAAUCAUCCAGACCUGGCUGUUUCCUACAACAACAUCGGUACAUGCUACCAGAAAGCGAGAGAUUACAAUAAGGCACUUUCAUACUAUGAGAAGGCACGUGGUAUCUGGGAAACUUCACUAUCGCUAACUCAUCCGUAUGUGGCAAGGAUAAAACAAAACAUUGAAGAAGUAAAAAAUUUGUCAGCGUAG